AUGGAGUACGAUCUAGUGAUUUACAACGGAGUAAUUGUGAAUGCUUCAACAGUCAUCAAUCCUCCUGCCUAUAUAGGCAUUAAAAAGGAGAAGAUAGCCUGUAUUUCAACGGAACCCUUAAAUGGUAAGAUAAUGAUAGAUGCGGAAGGCGGUAUUAUUACACCAGGUGGGAUUGAUGCCCACGUCCAUGUCAGCCAACCCUGUACCAGUGACACAUUUGAUUCUGCAACCAGGUCUUCCAUCUGUGGCGGUACAACAUCAUUCAUCUGUUUUGCUACUCAAGAGAGGGGGGUGGAAUCAUCGAUUCCUGAUUUGAAGAACUAUAUCAAGUUGGCACAUGGCAAAAGUUUCUGCGAUUAUGGUAUGCACAUGAUUGUCACCGAUCCUACAGACCAGUUUCUCGAAGAGGAAAUGCCUGUCUUAGUUAAGGACUAUGGUAUAACUUCAGUUAAAGUAUACAUGACAUAUGAGAUUUGGAGCGUCAGUGACAAACAAAUUUUGAAGGUUCUUUUGAUGGGAAGAAAGUUGGGUGUUACUACGAUGAUUCAUGCAGAGAAUAACGAUAUUAUUGAGUACUUGAUUGAGAAGUUCGAGAAGGCAGGCACAACUCAACCCUUCUUUCAUUCUGCUUCAAGGCCACUUGUAUGCGAAGACGAAGCAUCAUAUAGGGCUAUUAGUUUGGCAAAUAUGGUUGAUCAAGCUCUAUUGAUAGUUCAUAUGUCAACCAGCGAAAGCAUGAAGCAUGUUCACGAUGCCCAGACCAAAAAUUGUCCUAUCUAUUCGGAAACAUGUCCUCAGUACUUGUUUUUAACCAGUGAAUAUCUAAAAUCACACAUCAAUAGUAAUUAUUCUGAAGGUUCCGUUAUUGACGAUGGUUUACAUAUUAAUGUUGAUAAGAAUGAUUCUUUUCAAGGGGCAAAAUACAUUUGUUCUCCCCCUAUUAGAGACUCUCAAGAUGAACUUCAAGGUAUCUGGCAAGCAGUGGAAAAUGGAACAGUUACCAUCUAUUCCAGUGACCAUUCACCUUGCAACUAUGAUGAUAGAAAAGGAAAGAAAAAAGGCCUUAAGACAGAUGGAACUAUGGAUUUUGCUGUGGUUCCUAAUGGCUUACCUGGUGUUGAGACCAGAUUGCCUUUGUUGUUUUGCUAUGGUGUAGAAACAGGUCGAAUUAGUCCUCAGAAAUUUGUUGAAGUGUCAUGCACAAAUCCUGCCUCAUUGUAUGGCAUGUCGAGCUUCAAGGGCUCCAUAGAUAUUGGUUUAGAUGCUGAUAUUAUCAUCUGGUAUCCAAAGAAUAAGAUAAAACCAUUUCAGCUUACAAACAGAAUGCUUCACCAUGAUAUUGAUCAUACUCCAUUCGAAGGAAUGACAUUUACUAAUUGGCCCAGAUAUUCCAUCCUAAGAGGUAAAAUUAUUUGGGAUAGAGAUCAUGGUGGAUUGAACGAAUCAAAGCCCAAAGGUAAGUUCUUGAAGAGAGGAAAGAGUACUUUUACAUUGAACAAGAAUAAAGCUCCGCCAAAGUAUUUUGAUUGA